UCGCCGGCAUGGCGGUGUGCGCUCGCCUCUGCGGCGUGGGCCCGUCGCGGGGAUGCCGGCGCCGCCAGCAGCGCCGGGGCCCGGCCGAGACCGCAGCGGCCGACAGCGAACCGGACACGGACCCCGAAGAGGAGCUCAUCGAGGCGGGCUCGGCGGCGCUGUCCGGGGCGGGGGACGACAGGAGCGCGGGCCCCUCGUCGCCCCCGCGAUGCUCGCUGCUGGAGCUGCCGCCCGAGCUGCUGGUGGAGAUCUUCGCGUCGCUGCCCGGCACCGACCUGCCCAGCCUGGCCCAGGUCUGCACCAAGUUCCGACGCAUUCUGCACACUGACACCAUCUGGAGGCGGCGCUGCCGGGAGGAGUACGGCGUUUGUGAGAACUUGCGGAAGCUGGAGAUCACGGGCGUGUCUUGUCGAGAUGUCUAUGCCAAGCGUAUAAACCCACGCGUGAAGUCGGGACGUUUCAUGAGAAUUCUGCCCGAUUACGAGCACAUGGAGUACAGAGACGUGUACACUUGCCUGCUUCACCGAUACAGACACAUCCUGGGCUUGUGGCAGCCAGAUAUCGGGCCGUACGGAGGACUGCUGAACGUGGUGGUGGAUGGCUUGUUCAUCAUUGGCUGGAUGUACCUGCCUCCCCACGACCCUCACGUGGACGACCCAAUGCGGUUCAAGCCCCUGUUCCGAAUCCAUCUGAUGGAGAGGAAGUCGGCCACGGUGGAGUGCAUGUACGGCCACAGAGGGCCCCACAACGGCCACGUCCAGAUCGUGAAGAAGGACGAGUUCUCCACCAAGUGCAACCAGACGGACCACCACAGGAUGUCUGGCGGGCGGCAGGAGGAAUUCCGCACAUGGCUGAGGGAGGAGUGGGGCCGGACGCUGGAGGACAUUUUCCACGAGCACAUGCAGGAGCUCAUCCUGAUGAAGUUCAUCUACACCAGUCAGUACGACAACUGCCUGACCUACCGCCGCAUCUACCUCCCGCCCAGCCGCCCGGAUGACCUCAUCAGGCCGGGCCUCUUCAAGGGCACCUACGGCAGCCACGGCCUGGAGAUCGUCAUGCUCAGCUUCCACGGGAAGCAUGCCAGGGGCACGAAGAUCACGGGUGACCCCAACAUCCCUGCUGGGCAGCAGACGGUGGAGAUUGACCUCAGGCACCGCAUCCAGCUGCCUGAUGCUGAGAGCCUGCACGACUUCAAUGAACUCUCCCGCGUUGUCCUGGAGGUACGCGAGCAGGUGCGCCAGGAGCAGGAGAAGGAGCAGGAAGGCGGGCCCGAGGACGCCGAGGGCCUCGGCCGGCAGAGCCCCCAGCCCUGUGAGGAGCCACCCACCGAGCCGGCCCAGGCACCUGCGGAUGGAGGGGCUGCGGCCGCAGCUGAGCCACCUGCCCAGUCGGGGCAGGGGCAGCCGUUUGUGCUGCCAGUGGGCGUGAGCUCGAGGAAUGAGGACUAUCCCCGGACCUGCAGGAUGUGUUUCUACGGCACCGGCCUCAUCGCCGGCCACGGCUUCACCAGCCCUGAGCGCACCCCUGGGGUCUUCGUCCUAUUUGACGAGGACCGCUUCGGGUUCAUCUGGCUGGAGCUGAAGUCCUUCAGCCUGUACAGCAGGGUCCAGGCCGCCUUCCGGAACGCAGACGCCCCGUCCCCACAGGCCUUUGAGGAGAUGCUCAAGAACAUCCAGUCCUUCACCUCCUGACGGUCCGCCUCCCCUCGGCGGGUGGCUCAGGGCUGGGAGGGCAGCAGCAUGCGCUCGGGGGGACUUGGCCAACACCUGACACCCCCCUGCUCGCAGGAGCCUCGGCGCUGCCGCCCAGACGCUUUCCACAGAGCGCACCGCACACCUGCAUAUCCGCCAGUAGCAACAGGAGGGCUGAGCAUGUCUUGAAAAAAGCAACAGAACCAGAACAAGCUGACCUGGAGGAUGGGCCAUGGGGCGUGUAGGGACUGAACUGGAGAGACUGGCUGUUUUCUAGGGAGAGCACAGGCAUGCGUGGGGUCUGCUGCCUCCAGCUCGUGGAAGGAGUCCUGGGGGAGGCAUGCUGGCUCCACCAUCCCCUCUGCGGGGAGCAAGCCAGAGGGCCACGCUGGCUUCCAUGCAGCCUGGGCGGGUGGGGGCGCUGUGUGCAGAAUAGGAGCUCCAGGGAGAUGGGGUGGGGCUCGAGACCCACUUCUCCACCUACUCACUUGGAUUUUAGACAAAUGCACAUAACUCCGAUCUCAGUUUCCAAGAUCAGUGAAUGGGGCUGGUGAUACAGGUCACGAGGAGAUGCCCACUGCAGGCCGUCCGGCAGCUCGGUGGCCCUGGUCCAGCGCCACCUGGCCCUGCUCCCCGCAGCACAGGGUGCCUGCCAUGCCUCUCUCAGGUUUAGCCGAGACCUGCGCUGCAGCUGUUACGACAGGCAGUCACUGCGCGCCCUCCCUGCUCCCCCACCCCACACUCACUGGUGUGAGACUGAGUUGCAGCCGCCAGUCUCAGAACAGGGACAGGGCCCCUCGGAGAUGACCCACGUCUGCUCCCCUGCGUGGUUUGCGAGAUGCCACUCUUGAAAGGGGCGGAACAUCGGGAGGGGUCGUGCUGGGUGUUUGACACCCCUCUGCGGGAGAGGGCAGCUUUCUGGAAGUGUCAGGGGACCAGGCCCCUCCAGCGUGGAGACGCCGGCCACUGACUCUUCCGCUGGCGCUGUCCCCGUUGUCGUGUUGACCCUGCAUUUGGGAACCCCGGCAAGGCCUGAUCUUGCCAUCCCCUGAAGAAUGGAGCCCCAUGUGCCCCGGCACAGACCUGCCGGAGUUCUGCUCAGCCCUCCCUCCAGCCCACAGAGCAUCACCACACCUGCCUGCCAGGGCCGGUGGCUCCCCAGGGUAGACGGACUCUGUUGCGUCCGAGCUUCUUGUCCUCAAUGGGUGGACUGCGCUGAGCCCUCACUCUGGGCGCCCCAGGGAGGGGGCAGCUCUGUGGUGCUUUCACGUAGAGCCCAACCUGAGGUGCCCCAUGAACUGUGUCCUGUGUUUCCUGGUAGAAUUCUUCCUGACUGGCCCUUUUCUCAAAUAACUUCAGUCCCUGCUUCAGUCCAUUUGGCUACUUGGGCCUGCCUUCCUUUGCUCAGAAGCAACAAGCUCUGGGCAUGGCCCUGAAAUGGAAACUAACCCUCCCAGGACCAGGACUCUGUGGGGGCCGCCCUGGGCCAUUGCCAGGCACCAUCAGCCGAGUCUCAUCAGAGACACCACCGCACACCUCCCAGGUCCUUCCAGCAGGACCCGCGGUCGGGUGGGGACGUGGUCCCAGUUUCUGUAUCUCUCGCAGGACUGAGCCUCAAAGCCUGUUGCCCUCCCCCCUCUCAUAGCGCGGCUGUUCUUCUCUUGUGCCAAGCGUGGCUGUCUCCGAUGGUGCAGCCACAAAGCCUUGAGGACAGUGAAAACGGAGGACAGCUGGGCGCUAGGCUGUUCCUCUCUAGGUUUCACCAUUGUUUAAAUAAAAUCAAGAAAAUGCGUGUUUUACCCAGAGCUAAGGGACUGUCUCUGUCUGAGGCCCCCAGCAUUGUAAAGAUGAGCACUUCUGAUUAAAAACCAAUCCUAAACUAAAUGCUAUCCUGCCUCUAGUGUCUGGCCUAUGCAUGGUUGCCACUAACAGUGACUAAAAUAACCUUGGGCUGCUGGCCGCAUUCACGUUGGCCUCCGUCUCGGGUGUCAGGUGGGGCCUGUGGGUGGCAGCAGCCUGGGUGUCACCGGGCAGGGCAGUAGGAGUGAAGGGUGUGGGCUUGUCAUCUGCCCAGAGGUCUCCUUGUCGCCCAGCUGUACUUAGUUUACAGUUCAGUAGGUGAGGUGUGCAGACUGGCAGUUCUGUGCACAGACCCAGUACCGGCCACUCCCCAUCAUGGUGGAUGGUCAGCCGGCCCAGGAGGGGAACUUCCAACCAGUUAACUCACUGUAGGCAAGGAUUCAAAAAGGCAGAGGGUGUUGCCUGAGGCUUUUGAUAAAGCCGGUUCCAGUGGGGAUCUCUAAUGACCUAGGUUGGGGCCUGGCCAUGCUCCCGUGGGGCUUGAUCUGGGGGUGGCAGGUGGACCUCGGGUGGUCUUUGAAUGUUCCCCAUGGUGGGCAUCACCUUAACUGCCACUUUUGCUGCCGUGAGGUUGGGUAUGGGGUGGAGGGAUACCUCUCUGCAUACCUGGAGGGCUCCACGCUCUGGGAGUCGAUUAGAAACGUGAUUGGAGAUUUCAGACAUGGGUCACGGGGAUUCUUCAUGUUGGGGCUGGAGGUGUUCGGUGUGAGGCUGUGUCAAAUGACCUUAUUUUUUGGCUUCAUGAUGUAGGCCUGGCACUAUACCCGGAUCUGUUCCUCGCCCUCCCCCCAUGCUUCCCGGGGCUCAGAGCUCCAGCAUCUAAUGGUGGGUGAGAACAGGUUUAGGGGCAUUGUGGUGGGAGGGUUUCAAUCUCCUUCCUCUGUCGGUUCAGACUGGAACCUCCCUUCCUAGCCUUGCCCUGGCCCCUCCUCUGGGACAGUCCAGCUCACUGUGGCUGUGCUCCAGGCCACUGCUGCCCGGCUCCUCCCCUUGUCCCCUCCGGCCCUGACACCAGGCCUGGUGUCCCCGCUCUGUGCAGGGUACCUGUGUCCCUGGCUGAUGAGGAGGGUGGGAAAGCACACAGCUGUCUAACUAGCUACAUUCCCACUGCCUGCAGAACAAGCCCAGGGGUGAAGCUGUCCUGCCUUUCUCACUGACAACUUGGAGUCUUUCCCAGAUGGCCAGACCCCUCCCUCAGCCAGCCGCCCUCUUGUUUGACACUUCAGGACUGCCUUCACUUUUCAGGUUGCCUGGGCUUUCUCCCACUGCCGCUGAAAGGUCUUUUUAGUGCUUGUGAGCUGAGCUGGAGCAGGUCAGAAAGCUGCUCAGCCCCUUGUCAUUUGGGGAAUUCCCUGAGUUCCUUGUGACUGUGGUAUCUCAAGUGUGGACUGGGAGCACCUGACUGUGACUCGAUAGCUGUGUUCUCCUGGAUACUUUCAUGUUUUAACCUUUAAGAAUCCUUCUGUGAGUGUUCUCAUGUAGCCCUCACCUGCCUUGAGGGUAAGAUGCCUCAAUUCACGGAGUCCAUCCCAGUGUUAACAUAGGAUACGUUCUCUGUCUUCACUUUUGGGAGAAGAUCUGCAGUGUACUUUGUGUGUUCUCAGAACUAUUUAGACAGAGAAGAAAGCCAUAUGCCGUCAGUUUGCCUGAUACUGUGAAUGGGAACCACAUGGAGUGCUGUGUUAUUUAUAGCUCAGCAGCCGGCAGGCCAGCCUUCCGGGGCCCAGGGUCACCAGCAGUGACACCUGAGGCUCCAGCAGAAAAGUAGCCUUCUUCUGGGUCCUUUCUGUGCUUGCAGGGAGACCUGCCAGAACAUGUGAAGGGAUAAGAACCCUUUGCUUUUUUUUUUUUUUUAGCCUAAUUCUAAUUUUGGUUGUGGUUUGAGAUCAUGAAGCCCGCUUGGAGAAGAAAAACAUGCAUCCUGUUUGAUCUUGAAACCCCACCCCCCAAGUGAUGAAGACAGCAGUUGAGAUGGAGGCUGUGAUCACUCUCAGGCAUCUGCUCUGGCUUGCCGGGUGGGGCAGGGUCAGGACCCCAGGAAGGUUUGACUUGUGACCUGGACUCGACAACCUUGGGAUGCUGUUUCUCCAUAAAGCAGCUUUCGAAA